GUCCUGCUCAAUCAGGCUAGCCUGCUCCUGACGCGUCUUGGUUCAGCGCGGGCUGCUCUACUUUUCUUCGUCUGUCUGCCUACCUAUUAUCAGGAGAGACGACGCAGCCUCCCAGCCCUCCCAAAGUUUCUCUUUUAGCUAUCUAAGGAGCGCGAAUGGAUAAGAGACGAGCUUCAAUUCAAGCGGGCUACUGGAAUCGUUGAUAUACACGGCAUGGCCUUCAAGAAGAACUAGAUCGAAGACGGGAUUUGGAAUCCUGCAUGAGACGAACUGACCUGGAUGCACGAGGACUUUCUUGAGGAAGAACGUCGAGCGUCUAGACCACUACCUGGCGCAGUCCGCAACGAUGACCUGCCUAGCCCCGCGCCUUUUAACUUGGAACCAACGCCUGACGUCUACAAAGCGCGAUUAUCUAUCUGCUGUCCCCAAAGAAGUUGAUGCCUCUAGCGCGUUGACCUCGAGAGCGAGAGGUAAGAGGAAGAGGACGAAAAUUACCGCCCGACUGCCUGCCGUUGAGGAUCCAUGGUCAGCGAAAGAGCCCACAGACCGAGUCCGUCGGAGUCCGCGAUUGGGGACGAUAACGAAACUGAGCACAUCACGCAGACCAGGCGGCGAUGGGGCGAAUUUAGACCUCGCGGACAAUCAAGUCUCUACCAAGAAGCUUAUCCGUUCUAGAGCUCAACGGCAGCGGGAUGCUCCUACUAAGAAUGGAGCUUCACAAUUGCCGUCGACCGGGGCGUUCAACUAUACCACGCGAGGUGGUCCUACUGUUAGGAAUCGCCUGCCAGGUACGACCGAGAUGCUCCGGCGAAGUCGGCGAAUAGCUGCGCAGAUAAAGAAUACCCCAGUCGAGCACAAACAGAAGGGGGUGGCACCGGUAACCGGUAGUCGAGACGAUCAAGGGUUAACGCUAAGCGCCGCAUCUAACAUUGCGAUCGGAUAAGGAGACAGGAGUGCAGCGUGAAGGUGCGAGACGGGCGAGGCGGCCGCCAAUAUCAUAGUGAAU